AUAAAACCAAAAUGAGUUCCUCUUACUCCGCGAUUGUUCUUGUCCCAGACUUCUUUCAACAAGUCUCACUCAUGCAGCCUCCUUCAGACUCACCCCCUCCAUCUUCUCCAGCUUCUUCAAAAAUUCCUUCCCAAUCUCCAGCACCAGACAAUUCACAAUCAAACUCUGAAUCCUACAACUGUCAAUGGCUCGAUUGUUCUUCAGCUUUCACAGAUCCUGAGGUCCUCUACAACCAUCUUUGCAACGACCAUAUCGGCAGGAAGAGCACGAAUAAUCUAUGUCUUACUUGCAAAUGGAAGGAUUGUGGUACCUCCUGCGCCAAGCGUGAUCAUAUCACAAGUCAUCUUCGAGUCCACACUCCAUUGAAGCCUCAUGUUUGCGAAAUAUGCAAGAAGUCCUUUAAGCGCCCACAGGAUCUCAAAAAGCACGAGAAAAUCCAUACAGAGGAGCAUCAUGCCCAGCACAAGCACUCCAAGGCAAUUACCGUAAACGAUCCUGCUUACGCCUCCCGUGUUCGAGGCGACCCUAUUUCAUCAAAAGCCGCUCUCAAUAGGUCGCUUUCCGGUAAGCUCCAAGGCGCAGCGCCAAGCGCAUUGCCCACUAAAGUCCCUUUUGCUCGCGCACGCCCACGUUCUGCUAUAGGAGCAGAUGGUGGACACUAUAGUGCUUUGCCCACUCCCUCUCCGGAGCUCGAGUCUAAUCAUCCUUCCCGCCACGUCCCUCACUCGUCAUAUGAGCUCUUUCUCCAUAAUCAGGUUCCUUCAUGGGACGGUCCAAAAUCUGACCUGCGUCCCUCAAAUCGCAACAAGAGAUCGCUUGAAUAUAACGUCGACGAUUUCUUCACUGAAAUGAAGAAGAGGAAGGUCAAUCCUUCCUACGACAGCCACAUGGUGGAGCGUCUCAAUAGCCUUGCAUAUGCCCAAGACGGUGCACAUUAUGACGAGUUUAAUCCUCGCUCAGUGUCUUUCGACGUCCGCACACCGGAGGAGCUAGCUGCGGUGAACGAGUUUCUCGUCACCCUUGGCCGGGACGUCACUGCAAAUAAUCGUGCAUCCCAAGACUUAUCUGGGCGGUUCUCGCCAACGUCAUAUUUUGACACCGAUAGCCUCAGUCAGCUUGGCCUCACUGGGAUGCCUGGACUACUAGGUCCAGGGACAGCAUACGCUCACGACGCCACAUAUGCACAGCCUGCCCACCAAUACGCCACUGCCGCCUACCCUUCUCCGCCCUCACUUGGAAGGUCAUCGCAUCCAUCCGUGCAGCAGGCUCCAUACAAUCCUGUUUAUCCGCCUAUGCAUGCAUCCACCCCCAGUAGCUACUCAGACCAUUACACGUCUUCCCAUCAGAGUCGUAUUUCAGCACCCGCUCCCCACGAUUAUGGUCUUAAUACGCCAUCCUCGGCAUAUGGCUAUCACUCAACGUCCACUCCUCAAGGCCACUUCCACCCUACUCCCCCGCUGGACCCGACAUCUCCCCAUUCUUCUAGCUCCACCCCUUCCAACGCUACGCCGCCACAUCACUCCUCGAUACAAGAGUCUUUUGCUGAAUUCAGCUCGCUCCGUGGACCUCGUGGUGCUCCUCCACCUGUGCAAAUGGCUGCGCCAGAGUACCAUCACAAAGCAAUGCGGACGAUGAUCCCAUUGAAAACAGCUGCCGCUAAUGCACCUGAACCGGUAGCACCUACGCUCCCUACAACCACUCACCGCGGAUCGAUCAAUGCAUUGUUGUCGGCGCCAUCAUCAUCUGUGCCGUCAUCCAGCAAAUUGUACCCAUUGCUGCUUCCAGAAGACUCCGAUUUGAAGCUACCGUCCCUCAAGCCUGAUGCAGGUCCGUUCAGGCUCCCACCCAUUAAGGAUAUGUGUCGCGCACCCUCGCCUCACACGUCUCGGUCCUCGGACACAUCUCGCGGGACUACCCCCAGCUCAGCACGUUCGUCACCUGAGUCCACCCACACAACCAUUCCCAGCCUGCGAUCGAUCACUGGAACAUCAGAGAGCGAUGAACUCGUUAGGAAAGUCGGGAAGAUCCAGCUAGAUCACCUGACGAAGGAAGUUACACCGGAAGACCGGCGGAAGCACGCAGAGCUUAUACGUAAUCUGCUUGUGAAGAUUAACGAAGAUUAUCGGAAACGCUUCGGCAGUCCCCAGAUGGAGUCUAGGAUGUUGCGAACCCGGCCGCCUUCUGUAGAUGUGGAGAUGGCCGCUGCAUAGGGCGAGGGACUUUUUUAAUUUACAUAUCAUCAUGGCUUCUACUUUUGCACUUUUACUUGUACACGAGUUUAUUGCGAGACAUACGUUACAUAUAGUAAGACUGAAUGGCACGCAAAGGGAAUAGACGAGGAAUGCGAGA